AUGGCGGACGCCGAAGUCGAGCAGAAACAGCGCAAGUCGGUCGCCUUCAGCGAAGGAGACGUCAUCAUGGACACCAACGGCCAGGUCACAGAUGCCCCGGCUGCCGAGAAGCCCGCCGACAAUGAGGUCGAUGAGAUGACCGAUAUGUUCAAGGGUCUCUCCAAGAAGAAGAAGACCAAGAAGUCCAGCAAGGAGACCGGCGAUGCCGAGGAACCCACCGCCGACGGCGAAUUCGAUGUCUCCGCCCUCAAGAAGAAGAAGAAGAAGGUCAAGAAGGACGCCGGCGACUUCGAGGCCAAGCUCGCAGAGGCUGGUAUCGAUGAAGAGGGUGGUGACAAGGAGCAGGCCGAGGAGUCCCUCCCCGAGGGUGAUGCCGAAGCUGGAACUGGUAUCUGGGCACACGACGCUACCCAGGUCAUCCCCUACCCUCUCCUCGUCUCCCGUUUCUUCACCCUCGUCCAGAGCCACCACCCCGACUUGCUCUCCAGCGGCACCAAGGCCUAUAAGAUCCCUCCACCCCAGUGCCUGCGCGAAGGUAACCGUCGUACCGUCUUUGCCAACAUUGCCGAGAUCUGCGCUCGUAUGAAGCGUUCCGAUGAGCAUGUCACGCAAUUCCUGUUUGCCGAGUUGGGUACAAGCGGUAGUGUGGACGGCAGCAAGCGUCUAGUCAUUAAGGGCCGAUUCCAAGGCAAGCAAUUGGAGUCCGUUCUCCGGAAAUACAUCGUCGAGUACGUCACCUGCAAGACCUGCCGCAGCCCUAAUACCGAGCUCAACAAGGGCGAGAACCGUCUGUACUUCAUCACCUGCAACUCCUGUGGAUCUCGUCGCUCGGUCGCCGCUAUCAAGACCGGUUUCCGGUCCCAGGUCGGCCGCAGAAAGCGUGUCGGUUAA